GAUUUAAUUACCAAUUAACGGAGCACAAAAGUGAUGUGUAAAUUGCCAUGUCCUACCGCAACUUAAGCGACCAAAUUUUCACCCGCUGGGCAGGACACAAACAUUCCAUCAGCCAGUCAUUGACAUAUAUCAUGGAAUCCAAUCGGGUCCAGCCCUCUUCCGUAUAAAAGAGCCUCCGGGUGGAGCGAAUCCAAACAGUUGGGCGUUGGGAGUGGGUCAGCAUGCAUGUCCAGGAACUGCUCUUCGUGGCCGCAAUCCUAGUGCCCCAAUGCCUGAGGGCACUGCGAUAUAGCCAGGGCACUGGCGACGAGAACUGCGAGACUCUCAAGUCGGAGAUCCACUUGAUCAAGGAGGAGUUCGACGAGCUGGGCAGGAUGCAGAGGACCUGCAAUGCCGACGUCAUCGUCAACAAAUGCGAGGGAUUGUGCAACAGUCAGGUGCAACCAUCGGUGAUAACGCCCACGGGGUUUCUGAAAGAGUGCUACUGCUGCCGCGAAAGCUUCCUCAAGGAAAAGGUCAUCACUCUAACCCACUGCUAUGACCCGGACGGCACCCGUUUGACCUCUCCGGAAAUGGGUAGCAUGGACAUACGUCUUCGGGAGCCAACCGAGUGCAAGUGCUUCAAAUGUGGCGAUUUCACACGUUAAUGCCUCAACAUAAACUAUGCUAUUUGCAUCCAUUUGUUUUAGUUGCAGAGUGAAAUAUUUUUCAUAUAUUUUUAAAACGAGCCCCACAUUGAAGAUACUUAAAAUACUUAUUCCUAAAAUCUUGUAUAUUCUUAAAUAUUUCGUAGUAAUAAAGACAGAAUCCCAGCUUUUUCAGUUAAGAAAAUAUAUAGUCAAUGUUUAUUAUAAUAUAGUUCUAAUAUAACCAUUAUUAUACCUAUUAUACUUAGCAAUGUGAAAAUUAAUACAUAAUUAGUUUCUA